AUGUCAAAAAUGGCAUCCCUCUUCCGGCCGGCAAAACUCGACCUAGGCGGGUUCAAGAACAUCCGCGUUAUUCGAGACCACAACAAGCGCAUCGCCAUCGAGCAGACCGAACCCGAACGGCAAGCCCUCCGCUACAUCAUCCGCAAUACCUCCCUCCCCGCCCGUGCGCGCGCCCAGGCCCAGCUCCAGCUGUCGCAGAUGCACCCCUACACCCGUCCGACGCAAGUGAAGAACCGGUGUGUCGACUCGGGAACAGCAAGGAGUGUCUUCCGGACUUUCAGGAUUAACCGAUUCCAAUUCCGCAUGCAAGCACUGGCGGGCGAGCUGCCUGGUGUCAAGAAGGCGAGCUGGUAG